AUGGCGGGAUUCACUAUGAGCUUGAAUCUUCUUCUACUAGUAGCAAUGGUAGCUACGAAUAUCCUCUCUCUCUACCAUCUCUCCUCCACCACAAGUUUCUUCCAAUCAACCAUCAAUUCCUCACAAUCCUCUGUUCCAACAGUCCCCAACCACCUCCUCCGUCAACUCCACACCAUCCGCGCCGCCAUUAACCACCUCACAAACCACCAACCUGACCCCAAAUCAACCUCAUCGACAGUGACUUCACGCGCCGCCGUCUCGAAAGAUCUCCUCCUCUACUCUAGACUCUCUCCGAUUGCUUCAGCUUGUCAUAACUACCCUGAUCUCCUCCAUGACUACAUGAACUACACUCCUUACUCUCUUUGUCCUUCCGACACCGAUCUCGUCGAGAAACUCAUCCUCCGUGGCUGCCACCCUUUACCUCGCCGUCGCUGCUUCUCUCGAACACCGAAAAAUCCGUCGGAAUCAAAACCGGAAUCUAAUGUUAUUUGGUCUUACUACGCUUGCAAAAGCUUUGAUUGUUUGACUACUAAAUUCCCUGAUCUAGGGUUUGAUCUCUCGCUCGAGAAAUCUAAAUCUCAGUUCUCCAAUUACAAAUCUGAGCUUGAUCUACCGGUCACGCAGCUUCUCCAGAUCGCUAAAUCAGCGAAUUCCGUUCUCCGGUUAGGGAUCGAUGUCGGAGGUGGGACUGGAUCUUUCGCGGCGGCUAUGAAGGCACAAAACGUCACGGUUUUAACAACGACGAUGAAUUUCAACGCGCCGUAUAGCGAAGCGGUGGCGAUGAGAGGGCUUGUGCCGCUUCACGUGCCGCUCCAGCAGCGGCUUCCGGUGUUUGACGGGGUUGUUGAUUUGGUCCGGUGUGGAAGAGCGGUGAACCGGUGGAUUCCGGUUACGGUAAUGGAGUUUUUGUUUUUCGAUUUGGAUCGGAUUCUUCGUGGUGGUGGGUAUCUAUGGUUGGAUCGGUUCUUUAGCAAGAAAGUCGAUCUUGAAAAUGUUUAUGCGCCGAUGAUCGGAAAAUUGGGUUAUAAGAAGGUGAAAUGGGCGGUGGCGAAUAAAAUUGAUUCGAAACAUGGUGAAGUUUUCUUGACUGCUCUGCUUCAAAAACCUGUUGCAAGAUGA